AGGAGAUAGCAUAAGAUUGAGCAGGUCUCGCAGUCCCAAUCUCAGGGAAAGUGAGUGAGCUGUCACCUCUGGUGCGAGGAAGAUUUUAUAAGAAUAAAACAACCGAUUCUUGCAUUAAUGCUUCCCGUCUCUCAAAGGAUUGCUGAGUAAACCCGGCCACAGGCAAGAUUUAAGUAUGCCGGUCCUUGGACACAGAAUAGGAACCUGCCUGCUCCUGGCCUUUGUAGCAGUGACAACUCAUUUCAUCAGCAAGGCACAGGGUCAAGUUGCCUCUCCAACGCGAUUAAAGUUUACUAUAGUGUCUCAGGACAGUGUUAAGAUUACGUGGAAAGCUCCGAGGGGAAGGUUUCAGGAAUACAGGUUAACUGUGACACCAGUUGUAGGUGGCAAAACACAGAAAUUGAGCUUACCAAAGGGUGAAGCAGCAGCAGUAGUGGAAGGUCUGCUCCCAAAUCAGGAAUACGUGGUGCAGCUAUUUGCAAUCGGCAGCAACAACAAAGAGAGUUUACCAGCUCAGGGGAAGUUCAUAAUGAAGGCUUCGCGAAGCAGAGGCAGACCAGGUUCAUCUCACACACCAAAACACAAAAAGGAAUCGGAUUCCCGUGGCAGAGAUAAAGCAACUAAUGAAGUUGCAGGCACCCAGUUUAUGUGCAAGACUCCGGCUAUUGCAGAUAUCGUGGUCCUUGUGGAUGGUUCCUGGAGCAUUGGCCGACUUAAUUUCCGCCUUGUCCGGCUGUUUUUGGAGAACUUGGUUAGUGCUUUCAAUGUAGACUCUGACAAAACAAGAAUAGGAUUGGCACAGUACAGUGGAGACCCAAGGAUAGAAUGGCAUCUGAACCAACACAGCACAAAGGAAGCUGUACUGGAUGCUGCCAGAAAUCUUCCAUAUAAGGGCGGGAACACUCUUACAGGACUUGCCUUAACAUUUAUCCUUGAGAAUAGCUUCAAGCCUGAAGCUGGAGCUAGACCAGGCGUGCCAAAGAUUGGAAUCUUGAUCACUGAUGGGAAGUCUCAGGAUGAUGUCCUUCCACCAGCCAAAAGCUUACGUGAUGCUGGCAUUGAGCUCUUCGCUAUUGGUGUGAAAAAUGCAGACGUGAAUGAGCUAAAGGCAAUUGCCUCUGAACCUGAUGAGACACAUGUAUACAAUGUAGCUGACUUUAAUAUCAUGAACACAAUUAUUGAAAGCCUCACUCAAACGGUGUGCUCACGUGUGGAAGAGCAAGACAAAGAAAUAAAAGAAGCAACUGGAAGUUUGAGUUCAAACCCAGUGGCACCUGAAAACCUUGUAACAACUGACAUAACAGCUCGGAGUUUCCGUGUCAGCUGGUCUCAUGCACCCGGAAAAGUGGAAAAGUAUCGUGUGGUUUAUUACUCUACCACAGCAGGUCAGCCUGAAGAGGUGGUUGUGGAUGGAACCGAAUCAACAGCUGUCAUUCAGAAUCUGAUGUCCCUGACGGAGUAUCAACUCGCAGUAUUUGCCAUCUAUGAGAAGGCAGCCAGUGAGGGUUUACGUGGGGUCGUCACCACAUUGGCACUUCCGGCAGCUGCAGAUCUGAAUAUCUAUGAUGUGACCCACAGCAGCAUGAGAGUCAAGUGGAAACCUGCACCGACUGCCACUGGUUACAUGAUCCUUUAUGCUGCACUCACGGGGGGAGAGACAGCUGAUGAAAAAGAGGUAAAAGUGGCUGAUUCAGUUACAGACAUAGAACUAGAGGGAUUGACUCCAAACACUGAAUAUACUGUAACAGUGUAUGCCUUGUACGGUGAUGAAGCGAGCGACCCACUGACUGGACAAGAAACAACAUUGCCACUCAGUCCUCCUCGAAACCUGGAAUUCUCAGAAAUCAGGCACAGCACUGCCAGGGUCAGCUGGGAGGCAGCUUCAAAGAAAGUUAAUGGAUAUCGAAUCAUGUAUGUGAAAACAGAUGGCGCAACAAUAAACGAGGAUGAAGUUGAAGGGUCAACGACAACUUUCUUAAGUAACCUGACAUCACUUACAGAAUAUACGGUUGCUGUUUUCUCCGUUUACGAUGAGGGGCAGUCAGAUCCUCUCACAGGCAGUUUUACCACAAAGAAAGUUCCAAAGCCCUUGGAUUUAACAAUCAGUGAUGUUUCUACAGACGAGUUUAGAGUUGGUUGGAAGCAUUCUGCUGAUGACGUUACUUUGUAUAGACUGGCUUGCACUCCCCUGAGUGGUGAGGAGGCAAAAGAGCUUGUUUUGAGUGGGGACGUAGACACCAUUGUUCUCUACGAUUUGUUGCCUGGGACAGAGUAUGAGGUUUCUCUCUCUGCGAUUUACAAUGAUGAGACAGAAAGCGAUGUUGUGGCUGUUCUGGAGACAACACUUCAGCAGAUAAUUACAACAACAGCAGCUACAACAACAACUCAGAGACCAACGACAGUUUUUCGAUCUGGAAUAAGAUAUCUAGAUGUGGGUGAUGAAACCACAUUUAGCCUACACGUGUCCUGGGACCCUGCUGAUUCUCGUGUUACACAGUACAAAGUGUCCUAUGUCUCUCUUAAAGGAGACCGUGCAGAAGAAGCGGUGAUGGUUCCUGGAAGGCAGAAUGACCUCGUGCUCCAGCCUCUACUCUCGGACACUUUGUAUAAAAUUUCUGUGACACCGCUCUACAUUGAUGGAGAGGGCACUACUGUCACUGUCAAUGGCAAGACCUUGCCACUUUCUGGACCAACCAACCUACGUGUCUCAGAGGAAUGGUACAAUCGUUUCCGAAUUAGGUGGGACCCUCCACCAACAGCAACAAUGGGUUACAGAGUGGUGUACACUUCUGCCUCAGCACCAGGUCCUACCCUGGAUACGUUUGUGGGAGAUGAUGUGAACACAAUGGUGAUCCUCAACCUGCUCAGUGGCACUGAAUACAUCGUUAAACUCUUUGCAACAUACUCCACUGGUUCCAGUGAUGCAGUUGUUGGCAGAGCGAAAACAUUGUACCUCGGUGUGACAAAUCUCACCCCAUAUCAAGUCCGAAUGACCAGCAUGUGUGCACAUUGGCAGCAGCAUAGGCAUGCAACGACUUACAGAAUAGUCAUUGAAUCUCUCCGAGAUGGAAGGAAGGAAGAAGUAAUUGUUGAUGGAGGCACGUCCCGCCACUGUUUCUACAAUCUCAUUCCAAACACAAAAUACAAAAUUAGUGUCUAUUCACAGCUGCAAGAGAUAGAAGGACCAGCUGUGAGUCUGCUAGAGGCUACAGCUCCGGUUCCAACCCAGCCACCUGCACCUCUUGCAACAACCACCCCAUUACCUACAAUUCCUCCUGCCAGGGAAGUUUGUAAAGCUGCCAGAGCGAACUUGGUGUUUCUUGUGGAUGGGUCAUGGAGCAUCGGUGAUGAGAAUUUUGUCAAGAUCAUUGGCUUCCUGUACAAUACGAUUGGAGCUCUGGACAAGAUUGGCCCCGAGGGAACUCAAGUUGCAAUUGUGCAGUUCAGCGAUGAUCCCAGAACAGAAUUUCAGCUCAACUCGUACAGUGACAAAGAGAAUCUUCUCAAUGCUGUCCAGCGUAUUAGAUACAAAGGUGGAAAUACCAAGACAGGCAGGGCUAUCAAACAUGCCAAGGAUACUAUCUUCACCGUUGAGGCAGGACUACAGAGGGGCAUUCCCAGAGUCCUGGUCGUAAUUACGGAUGGUCGAUCGCAAGAUGACAUUGACAAGAUUUCCAAAGAGAUGCAGAUUGAUGGUUACAGUAUCUUUGCAGUGGGUGUUGCUGACGCUGAUUACUCAGAGCUUAUCAACAUUGCAAAUAAACCCAGUAAUAGGCAUGCGUUCUUUGUGGAUGAUUUUGAUGCCUUCAAGAAGAUAGAAGAUGAGCUUGUUACCUUUGUCUGUGAGACAGCGUCUGCAACUUGUCCAUUGGUUAUGCUUGGUGAUAACAGUGUUGCAGGGUUUAAGAUGAUGGAGAUGUUCGGGCUGGUUGAGAAGGAGUACGCUUCUGUUGAAGGCGUGUCACUGGAGACUGGCUCUCUCAAUAGCUUUCCCUGUUUUAGACUUCACAAAGAUGCUCUUCUAUCACAACCAACCAAGAAUGUCCACCCUGAGGGAUUGCCUUCAGAUUACACCAUCACUUUCCUAUUCCGCCUGCUGCCUGACACUCCACAGGAGCCCUUUGCCCUCUGGGAGAUUUUAAACCAACAUAAUGAACCUCUGGUUGGAGUCAUCUUGGACAAUGGUGGGAAAACCCUCACUUACUUUAACUACGAUUACAAGAAUGAGUUUCAGACAGUCACUUUUGAGGAUCCAGGUGUCAAGAAGAUUUUCUUUGGGAGUUUUCACAAGUUGCAUGUGGUUAUUAGCAAAACCCAUGCAAAAUUGAUUGUUGACUGCAAACAAAUUGGUGAGAAGGAAAUCAAUGCAGCGGGAAACAUUAGCACCAAUGGAGUCGAAACGUUGGGCCGAAUGGUACGGUCAAGAAGCCCCCGGGGUAAUUCUGCACAGUUUCAGCUGCAAGGAUUUGAUAUCUCCUGUUCGACUUCCACUGCAAACAGGGACAAGUGUUGCGAACUUCCCGGCCUGAGGGAUGAAAGCAAUUGCCCAGCUCUUCCACAUGCCUGCACUUGUUCGCAAGACAGCAAGGGACCACCUGGACCCCUAGGACCUCCCGGUGGCCCAGGCUUGAGAGGCCCAAGAGGAGUGAAGGGAGAACCAGGUCAAAGGGGACCUGAAGGUCUCCGCGGUGAGAUUGGACCGAUUGGCCCUCAGGGUCAACCUGGCCCCCAAGGACCAAGUGGACUUUCCAUUCAGGGACUUCCGGGCAGCGCUGGUGAAAAAGGUGAGAAAGGAGAUCUUGGUCCCAUCGGCCACCAGGGGAUGCCGGGAGGGCAAGGGAGACCAGGACGUGAUGGUUCACCAGGUCAAAGGGGUCCUGUUGGUAAAGAUGGUCCUAUAGGAUUACCAGGGCCAGCGGGGCCUGUGGGAACUCCAGGUGUCCCAGGCCCUCCCGGAGCUACAGGCAACACAGGGUCCCAGGGCAGCAUAGGAUCUCCUGGUCCACCUGGUCAAAAGGGAGAGAGAGGUCCAAGGGGUGAUGCUCAGUCGCAAAGUGCCAUUCGUGUGAUUGCUCAACAAGUGUGUGAGCAGCUCAUCCAAAGCCACUUGUCAAGGUACGACUCUAUUCUCAACCACAUUCCCAGCAACUCGGUUCAGGUGCGGGCGUCUCCGGGUCCUCCAGGGGAACCUGGCCGUGAUGGUCCUGCAGGUCCUCCAGGAGAGCAAGGAUCUCAGGGCAGACCAGGUUUCCCAGGCAACCCUGGUAAUCCUGGCAGACCAGGAGAAAGAGGUUUACCAGGUUCGAAAGGAGAUCGCGGUGUCCCGGGUAUUGGCAAACAGGGACCGAGAGGACCACAAGGUUCACCAGGUCCCCCAGGGGAAGGACGAACAGGUAGUCAAGGUGCACCAGGCCUCCCAGGGCGACAAGGUAAUACGGGACGUACAGGGGCUAAUGGCCCAAGAGGACCGCCUGGCCCACCCGGAUACUGUGAUCCAUCCUCCUGCGCUGGCUACAAUGUUGGAGGUGGAUACAAUGAUCCAACCGAUCAAGACAUUCCUGUAGUACAAUUGCCUCCAAACUCCUACCAAACCUAUGGCCCUUAUGAUGAGCAAGAUCCAUACAUAUAUCAUGGGUCCUACCCCUAUCCAAACCCGUAUUCCCAACCCUCUUAUCCUGAGCUACAUGCUGCUCAGCUGGAUGAACAUUAUGAGGAUAAGGAUACAGACGAAUUGGAAGCUGUUGAAGUUCGAUCGCCUGGAAUCCGACGGUUUGCAAGGAACAUAUCAAAAAGGAACAGUGCCUCUUCAAGCACAAGGGAGGAGAACCAGUGAAAAAGACUUGUAAAUGUAGCAUUAAAAUUGUGCAUACUUGAUGUGUUUUACCCCUAUCAAAUGGCCAAUGCAAAUGGUGGAUUCAGUUCUGUAGAUUAAAAGCUGGGACUUCUACAGAAAUGAGUUUUUAGUAUUGGAACAGUUACCCUAGUAGAGAAGUCAAGCACAAGUAAUGAAUAUAAAAUUUAUGAUGUAGCUUGAUUGAAGCAUUUGUGCCAUUUAUUGAUUGAAUUUUUUUUUUAGAAGUCCACAGCGUCAUGAUAUUUCAGUAGUAAAAACUGGAUGGCUCAUUUCAAAUGACUAGUCUUAUGGAAGAUUAGUAAAGUGCUACUCUAUCAAUUCUGUGUUAUACGGAGCAUAAAACAUUGUGUUUUCAUUCUGUAAGAGGUCUGUUUGUAUUAAAUUAAUACAAUUUGGAAUGGUAAAGUCAUUUAUAAUCCACAAAAGCAACCAAAUUGGUCAAGAAUAUGUCACAAAGUCAUUAAAUAAUUAUGCACUUAAACUGAUUCAAAACCACUGCAAUAAAUUUCUGCUUGUAGAACACUUAUUACAAGUUUCCAGAACAAAAGUUUCCAAUAAAAUACAGGAGAUGUACAUUUAUGAAUGGGAAUCUUCACUUGCCACCAAGUGAAGCCAUUUAAAUGAAGACUUGCAAUUUUUUCAUGUGCCCAUUCCAUUGAUUAGCUCUUAGUGGAAUCUAGCCAGUAAUUUAUUUGGAUGAGAUGAUCAUUGUUCAAAUAUAUGUCAAUAAAAGCAAAGAAGUACCAAUUUUAAA